AUGGAUAACUUUCAAAUCUACGAAGAGAUUGGAAAGGGUAGCAGUUCUGUAGUUUAUAAAGGUAGAAAAAGAAAAACUAUAGAAUAUGCUGCUGUAAAAUGUAUAGAGAAACACCAUAAACAAAAGGUGUUUACAGAGGCAAAAGUUUUGAAUAUGCUUUCUCAUACAAAUGUAUUAAAAUUUUAUAGUUGGUAUGAAACAACGAAUCAUUAUUGGAUUAUUGUAGAAUUUUGUACUGGAGAUUUAAUGACAGUUUUAAGUCAAGAUCAUAAACUUCCCGAAGAUACAAUUCAUCUUUUUGCUUUGGAUAUCAUCAGUGGCCUUCAAUAUGUUCAUUCAAGAGGUGUAGUUUAUUGUGAUUUAAAACCUUCAAACAUCCUUAUUGAUGGUUGUGGUAUUUUAAAAUUAAGUGGUUUUGGAUUAUCUAAAUUAAUGAAGGACAUUGAUCAAAGUUUAGCUACAUCAACACCAUCGACUGAUAAAACUGUAAAUGAUGGUAAACUUAAAAGAGGAACUCUUUGUUACACAGCUCCAGAAUUAUUGAUGGGAGGAAUCCAUUCAAUUUACUCGGAUUUUUGGUCUCUUGGAUGUAUUCUUUAUGAGAUGGCUUCUGGACAACCUCCUUAUGUUGGAUCGACACCUGAACAAACUAUGGAAUUAAUUUUGAACUCGGAAUUGAAGCCUUUGGAAAAUUGUAGUGAAGAAUUGAAUUCUCUUAUUAGAUCAUUAUUACAAAAACAUCCAACAGAUAGAAUUUCAUGGGAUGACCUAAGAGAUCACAAAUUUUGGAGAGAA